AUGUCGUCCUCGUCCGUGGCGUUGCAUUUCGCCGGCCGGGAGUUGGGCGUCAUUAGUAUGAUGACUGGGAUCCCGUUUCUGCUUCCUGAAGGCCGAGAAUGGAUUCAAGCACGUACAGGACAACAGAUUUCCGCCGAUAGACUCAGUUAUUCCCGGCCACCGUGGGAGAAACAGCGAGUAUUAAGCUCAAACAGAUAUUUGAUGAGCAUGCAGCCUCAGAGCAUGUUUGAACUUCCCGAUCGACAUUCUGUUGAGGUUCAUCUAGACAUCUUCCGCACGACUCUGAUGCAACGAGUGUUUCCGAUUGUGGAUCCUAUCCUGUUUCAUGACACCAUCGAAGCCGCGUACUCGCACUCGAGUCUAAGCGCCGGGCGAGCUGACGUCAGGGCCAGUAUUAUAUCGUUUCUUGCCUUUAGUUCUAUUCUCCAAGUUCCGGAAUACAAGGAUCGACCGCUUGGCCUACCGCCGAUAGACAGCGAGGGACUUGCCAUCAAGGCUCAAUAUCUCAUCCCGCAGGUUCUCCGGGAGGAUGCAAGCCUAGAGGGUCUUCAGGCGAUUGUCAUCAUGGCGAUUUUCGAGCUAGUGACUGGAAAUCUUCGUACAGCAGACUAUUACGGUUCUGUUGCAGCACGGCUAUUAUAUAUGCUAGGAGGCCACACCUAUCCCUGCCCCACGAACUCAUUCUCCGCAUCUCCUGCCGAGCAACUCGAGUACAGAAGAAAAUGGCAUAUUAGAAAUCUAUUCUGGCUUUGCUAUACGAUCGAGAAGGACGUGGCUCUUCGCACGGGACAACCACUGGUCCUCUCCGACGAAAACUGCGACUUGACGCUCCCCCCUGGUUAUGUAGAGCAACUGUACGUCAGCUUGGGCAUUCACCACCAUUCCCGAGAACUGCCAAACAAUCCAUUGUUCCCAGUCGAUUUGCGCCUAAGCAUAAUCAAAUCUCGAGUGUAUAGCGCUCUCUACUCGUUCCGAGCGCUCCAGAAGACAGAUGCAGAGCUGCUGAAGGAGAUUCGCGAACUAGAUGAUGAGCUGGAAAAGUGGAGGAUGUCCGUACCGCCGGAAUGGAGACCUACCUUGUCUUUCUCCCACGAAACCCCGGAUCCAAAUGUCAGCAUGCAUUCCGUCAUGUUACGGCUGAACUACCACCUCUGCAUGACAAUCAUUCACCAAGCCAGCAGUCGGUGCAAAUCGUGGGUCCAGGGGCAGGGCGGAAUGAUCGAAGGGGUAAGCUCGAGCCUGGCUCUUUCUGUUGAAGCGAGCCGCUCCACAUUACUCUACCUGGAGUCAGCCCAGCAUGUCAUCGUCGACGGUGUUUUCUGGACACUCAUUUUCUACCCUAUGUCGGCUCUGAUCGCAAUCUUCUGCAACAUCCUGCAAAAUCCCUCUGACCCCCAAGCCACGAAGGAUCUGGGGUUGCUUCGAACAGCAAUAUCCAUCUCGGAACGGGUCUUCUUGCGCCAAUUGAUCUCUAUAGACGAUGUUGUCCACGUGAAGAUGGUUGCAGAUUUUGUGACAGAGCUUUACACGCUCGCAACGUGCGCUGUCGAGAAAGCGUGGAAGGAGCGUGCUGUGUAG